AUGCAUAGCGCGUGUACACGUCGCUGCGAAGCGGCGGACGCGCUCUUUCGUUGGCCACGGCGCCAGCGUCGUCGAAAACAUUUUGGGGAGCGGUCGCGCGGCCGGAAUUAUAAAAAUUGGCUCCAGCAAAACAAACAGCUUAUACCAGAAACAGCUUUUGCUCCUUCAGUUUUAACGGAAGCUCCAGCACCUGAUGACCACCAAGAGAACGUCCCAGCUCUCGAUUAUCCUCGAGCACAAACUCCAGAAUGCGGAAAUACAACACCUACUUUUUUAUCAGAAGCCUCAACACCUGAUCUUGACCAAGAAAAUGUACCACCUAUUGAUAGUCAACAACGGAAGACUCCAGAAUCUAGUGAUAGAUCACCAUCAAUUUUGACACAGAUACCAAUAUCUGAUGUUCUGCGAGGAAAUAUUUCACCUGUUGAUUGUCUUCGAUCAACGACUUCAGAACAAGCUUAUCAAUCACCAGCUAUAGCAUCAACUUCAACAGGGCAAAUCUCAAGAGUGCCAACCAUGAAACGCAGCUAUUAUCGUACAAUUUAUGGUACAAGCUCGAGUUCAGACGCAUCUGAUGAUUUGCCUCUGAAUCAGAUAAAAAGAUAUGAAUUUUAUGAUCUCCUGCCUACGCCUGCUAAAGAUCAAACAAAAACACCGACUCUCAGGCAAAAAGCCAUUAAUUAUAGAGGCACUUCCGUCACAAAAGAUCUGUUUGAUAAAUUUAAUGAAGAGAAAAAAAAUCGUAAGAAAGCUAAAACAGUAUCGGCAAAAAAGUCUACCACCAUCAAAGGUACUUCACAAAAGCAAGUGAGCUGGUACUGUCAUGCCUGCGAAGAAGACAGAAUGGAUGAUGCAAUGAGACAAUGCUCGCAAUGCUUCAAGUGGUAUCAUGAACAGUGUGUCGGUUUGUCGAUGGAAGAUACUGAUGACUUUCAGUGUCCUGGUGGAUGCGAAUAG